AUGGCUGCUGCGGCUCUCCCCGACGCCCAGGCCAUCGAGGUCGACUCGGUGGACGGCGCGAGGACCAGUGCUACACCUCCGUGGUCCGACGUGCUCCGCGUUCGCGACCCUUCCCUACGCGACCCGAAGGCCUCUCGGGAGCUCGCGGCCUUGGCCGAGAAGGGCAACGAGGCACUCUGGGACACAUUAGCCGGCCAGACUGUUGCACGAUGGACUCCCAGCGACAAUAACUCGCUGACCCGGUUGCUGUCCUCGUACCUCCGUCGCUCGUCGAAUUCGUCGCUCCCCGUCUCGCUCGUCAUGGUUUCCACGAUGCCCAUGAUGAAUGGCUUCAAUAACGUCACGAACAUCACA